GAAGGAAUUGUCUAUUCUACAUGGAGAGGGGACUGUCUACUUCGCUCAAUUAUUGGGGAUGUGUGAUCAAGUGUCAUUUAUGUUAGGUCGACAUGGUUGUAAUGUAUAUAAGUACGUGCCAUAUGGUUCGGUUUCCGAUGUCCUUCCUUACUUAUCACGACGAGCGGCCGAAAACCGUGGUCUUCUUGAUGGCGUCUUCAAAGAACGCAGUCUGUUAUGGAGUGAACUCAAACGACGUUUCCGCGAAGGCGAGUUGUUGUACGAUCCCAAUUUUUCCCCAGUAGUUGGUUCCGUAAUUCAGGAUAAAGAGGGAAAGAAUGACCGUGCUUAUAUUGGAAAAUGAUGUGCGAUUCAUGUAUUACAUCUUUUCGAGCAUCCUCAAAGGAUGUUCAGAGCCGCUAAAUUCAGCUGACAUGGCCUUGGACUUGGUGUUAAAAUCGCUUCUCAAGUCAAAGAGGUUUGUCGGUUCUAGUGUUGAGGAAAAGGAUUGGACUGCUGUUUCCAAAUUAAUACCUGGCUAUACGCCGCAACAGUGCAAGACAAAAUGGAACGAACUCUGCACUGAAACGUCUUCAGUUUCACGAGGUAGGAACGAAGAAGAUGAUCUUGACGAUGUUGUGGAGUAUUUAUUAAAGAGGAAAGAAUCGAAUCAAUGCUCUGAUGAAGUAAAUAGAAGCGUAGAAAGUGAUAUUUCAGAUCAUGAAGUGGCUGACCUGACGGAAUCACUGUACGAUUGUGAUGUCAAAGCCAUAAAGACUGAUUUCUUUUGUGAGAUAGUUAUUCCUGAAAAACCUGCGGAGUUGAUGAAACCGGACAUAUCAAAUAUAGUAAACAAGAAACUGAAAGCAAAAACAAAAUUUCCUGAAGGACCAAAUAUGGUCAUACAUGUUUGUGAUGAAAGCAAGAAUUUAAAACAGGAUUUUCUAUGCCCACGUGAUUUGUUGGUCAGUGAAAUGAAGUAUUUUGCUGAGUAUCUAACGCUGGAGCCACAGCGUUGGGAGGAAGUAGACAUCUCCGUUCACUGCGACGUGCAGAUAUUUGAUUGGCUGAUGAGAUACGUGAAACGUGACGUCAAUCUCAACGACGACAACACGCCAGAGUUAGAGCCAAGUAACGUGAUUUCAAUCCUAAUUUCUUCCGAUUUCCUGCGGAUGGAUUCUUUGGUGUCAAAGUGCUUAAAAUUCUGUCAUGGUAAUAUGUCAGCAAUUCUUUCAACUCCAUGUAACAUGAGUUGCAUCAAUGAUAAGCUGGUCACAAGAAUAAGCAAGCUAUUUAAUCAUAACGAGUUGGAUGCGGUUAGGGAUAAGAAAGAUAAGUUUAAAAGCAAGUUAUUUUGUAAGAAAAUCGAACAGUUUGUUCAAGGUAACAUUGACGGGAGGACUGGAACGAACGAAGACAACGCCAGUUCUUUGUUUCGGUGUGUUUCUUGCCAAAGAUUGUUAACCGCGAAAAACAAAUUGAAACUCCCUUGCGUUCUUAACAGGAUGAGCAUUAACUCAAGAGGACACAUACAAUAUCACCACUUGAGGGAUAAUUCUUGGGAUAUCAAUGACUAUCUCGUCAGUUUGAAGGAAAAGUUAAAAUCAUGGAGGGACGUUUAUUGGAGGUUGUGGGGAUCUUGUAACAUUCUCUUCUGUUAUCAAUGUCGAUGUUACUUUCGUUGCACCGAUUUUGGUCACUGUCAAUAUCAUCCUGAGAAGCCUGAGUAUGCCAAUGGAACCUUGGAACACAAAUCAAUUGGAGUUCAUCCAUGUUGUGGAGAAAAAGUAUUACAAUUUGAUACAGUUAGAGUGAUAACGGGAUGUCGUGUUAAGGAUCAUCUUGUUACUUUUCCUGACCCCGUCAAUUCCUCUGGUACCACGAAUUGCGCGAAUUCAGAAGAUACGAAAUCUCUUCAAAGUCACCAUUCGAAAUCUCCUUGCGACCACCUUGAUGACUCUGUCAUUGUGAACGACUCAAACGUCGUGAAAGAUUUAUUAUCUCAUCGAGAUGUUAUCUGCGUACCCUUCAAAAGAUCGGCUAGUGCCAGUAAAGUUAAAAUUGAUGUAUUCCACUAUGAUGAAUCAACAGAAGCACGGAAAUCAAACAGUAAACUCUCGUCUAAUGGAAUGGGUAGAAAGGCAACUGUCGAGCAAUCAUCUGGAUUGGUGCCACUAAGAAAAAGCAAAAUGACCGUAUCACAGCGCAUGCCCAGUGGUCGACGAAAAACCGCUAUCUUGAAAAAUUACGAUUUCUUUGAUAGCAGCGAGGAAGAAGAGGACGCCGAGGAGUAUGAUAGUAUUAACGGUGUGUACAGCCAUCUCCCUGCUCUAACAAUGGAAAAUAAGUAUUCUGAGACAAACGAGUCACUUCGUUUAACAGCUCGCCAUAUUCGUCGAAUGAAGAAGAAGAUAUUAGCAUCGGAGGAGCGACUUUCUAUAUCCGAGUUUAAAUGGGAUCCUCGGCGUUCGUCAAGAUGGAAUCAGGACGCUCAACGCGAAGAAGAUACAAAGCGAAUAAAUGAAGUCAUAAACAAAAUGGCGACACUACGAUCCACCGCAAAUCAAGAGAAGAAAACGAAAACAAAAGAGUUUCCUGGUGGCCUCUUCCAUAAACUUGACCAUCAUUUCCGUGUUUUGAUGCAACCGCCGGUUGUCAGACGACAGACUUCAGGCAAUCAACUUCAGCAAAGUUCGCGCAAUAAGAAAACAACCAACAGGACCUGAUCGAGAAAAGAAGUUUUUUAAGAAAGUCAAGUUCGUAGUUACUGGCUUUUUUUUGUAAAUACUGCUUUAUUUGUUCUAUGAUAUUAUUGUUAACAUUAAAUAUUGUAUAGAUCAAAUUGCACAUGCCAGCAUGUAUAAUACAAUAAUUACUUUGA